UAGCUUAGUAUAAUUUGAACUUUACGUAAAGCUUGGUAUGAGUACAGUAUCCGAGAUUGUUCCAGAGCCUUCAAGGAAAUACGAUCACAUAACCUCAAAGUAGUUAUUUAUUAAUUUGUAUCCUACAGUUCGCAUGGAGGCUGUCGGAGGCAGCGGAUGCGGCGGUCGGCGAGUGGAGGUGUACCCGGGAGGCGGCAUCGGGCCGAACACCGGCGCACACUGGCCCCCGUCUCGGAGGCGGGAGGAGGCGGCCGCCCUUCUCAACCUACAGCGCCGCCUCCAGCAGGGACCGCCGCCCCCCAAGGUGCCAGGCAAGGGGCGCUCUUCUGGCGCGGCCAGCUCAUCCAAACUGCAUCCACUCGACAACCGGCCGCGAUUUCUGCAGAAGAUGCUAAGCAAUCGGCCUGGUUUGGCGGGUGAACAUGAGGAUACCGGCACUGACUGGUUGGACAGUGAGUUCAUAGCCGAAUGUCUCUGCUGGCAUAAUGUCUACAGGCAGAGACAUGGAGUACCUUUUCUCAGCCUUUGUCCUCAGCUAUGCGAGAAGGCGCAAUCAUGGGCCAAUCACCUGGCUCACACCAACACAUUUUUCUACCGUCAAGACAAAGAUGUCGGCCAAAACCUAUUCUGCCGGCUCACCAAUACUCUACAGACUGAUGUAACAGGUCAAGAAGUCGCAUCAUACUGGUACAGCGCAGUGAGACAAUACAACUACCUCAAAGAACCGGAUGUUCUUCAUGCAAAUGUCAAUGCUGGCCACUUCACUCAGCUAGUCUGGGCGAACACAAGGUCGUUCGGCGCUGGAAAAGCGAGGAGUCGGUCCGGUAAAAUCCUGGUGGUAGCCAACUACAGUCCUCCAGGAAACACGUCUGGACUUUUCCAACAGAACGUUCUUCCUCCUCUACUGGAGCUGGAGUUGGAACUAGCGCUGGCCGCAGAAUCCAGCAUGUCAGGUAGCGACUCCAGUGCUUCAAGGAGCGCCGCCGACUACCUCACCUAACCUCUCAGUCAAUCUCUUGAGGAAUUUGUCGAAUCUGAAUAUGCCCAUCGCCCUCUGGGUGGUGAGAGUUGAUGCAACAGGCACUAUAUACAAUCAUAUUGUACCCAGCAAGCUUAUCUUGUUACAAUUAUGAUAUGAUUGUAGCUUUGGCUGAAGGGUAUAUAGGGCACGAUGCCAUUGCUUUUGAGGGCUUAAUAAGUAGUAUGGAAACAUCUUGCACUGUGAUAUUGAGUAGAAAAGAUGAAUUAGGAUAUUCUGGGAGUAGGCCAUUCACCAUACCAUAUAAUUCUGAAGAGCUAGGCUACAUAGAUACACACUUGACUCUGUAGAAAUUGCUCCAACAAAUGGGAAUAUUUUAUUCUAGAACUACCAUAUCGUAAUGUUCUAGUUAGUAAUGAUUUAAUAACAUUCAAGUGAAUAUCGCAGAAAAAGUCAAACAUUUCAACAAUUUCGAAAUAGGCCAAUUUGUAGACCGGAAUAAAAUGCAGAAAGAAACAGCAAUUUUAACUGUCACAUGAAUGUAAUUAUGAUGUGAUGGAUGAAUGGAGAGAAUGAGAACUAUCUGAUGAUUCUCUUUUUCCUAUUCCUUUUCUUAUUCCUAUUUGACUAUUCAAAUAAUUGCUGGAUUGGAGUUCAAAUUUUGAAUUGAGAUGUAGCCUACCUAUCUGUGACAGGUUUGAAAUAAAGAUUAAGGUACUAGCUGAGGAUUUGAGUAUAGGCUCGAAUAAUAGAUAUGCCUCUGUUAUGAUAUUCUUCAAUAUACAGUAAAUUACUUUCGAAUGCAUCCUUCUUUUGGAUUUACAUUUCAGUAACUGAAGGCUAUACUUUACAGUUAAAUAUUUUAAAGCAUAAUAUUAUUAUUGGAUAUGAAACAUGAAGACCUGAUAUGAAACCACUUUAUGUCUGUGGAGUUUAAAAUUGUAAUUUUUAUAAAUCUUCGUUUAAAAUAGGUUACGGAUGGAAAUCUGAUACCUCUUAAAUGCAACUUUAUGCAUAAUUUGCAUAAAUUUAUUCACAGAACAUAUUUUUAGAGUGUUAUUGAUCCAAUCUCAUGAUCCAAGUUUUUUACCAAUUGGAGAUAAUAAAUUACUCUGUGCAGUAUGAGGUGUCGAAGUUGAGAAACUCCUGUGCCUCAAAGAGUUAAUUGUUAAAAAUACUUGUAUAAUAAAAUCCAUCUCAAGAAGAAUAAUUCUAUAUUGCGUUGAAUUAUUGGGCUAUUUUAGUGUAGAAGGUCUAGAGUUUUGACACUCUUGUAAAGUGGUGUAGGGAUAGAGGGAUAAAGCUUGAAGAAUUUGUGAAUUGAUAUAUAUUUUUCAAGCCCAUACAAUAUUUAUUUUUUCACCCUGGGAAUUGUAGAAGGUUUCAAAGCUCUAUGAGUCAAGUGUGUGAUCAGCUUUUUAAUAAGUUGUUUGGUCUUACCAGAGUAUAGAUCAGAGAAGUUUAAUGGAGAUUUUUGAUAAUUUGUGGCAAAGAUCUUAAAUAGAAGUUGUAACUUCAAAAAGAAAUACAGUGUUUUCGAACGGCCUCCAAAAAUGUAUUUAUAGUAUCAAUCUUGUUGUUGUAUAGGUGAAGAAUAAUGGGAAAGUUGGAAUUGUUGGUGGCGUACUGGCUGUCUUAGAUUUAAAUAGUGCGCACAAACUUUUCUUAGAGCUACAUCAAAUGGGGAGACAUUUGAAUUGUUAUAAAGGAAGUCAAGAAGUUAAAAUAGUUUGAUAGUCAACAAGUUUGAUAGUUUGCACUUGAAUCAAAAUUGGUGCUCAUUGAACAGAAGAGAAAUACUAAUUAGUCUACUAAUUUCUCAACUCAAUUAAGAAAGAAGGAAUGUUAAUCUUGUGGUUUAGACUUGUCAUUUGGAUAUGCCCACUGGGCUCUCAAAAUUUUGAAAAAUCGCGUAACAUCAUGAACAAGUUUUGUGCUUUUCUUGGAAAAAUUACCUCCGGUACCUUACUUUGGGAAAUUAUAAAUUAAUUAAUGAAUGAAUUGAUUUAUACCUAAUUCAUUGGUCCAUCUAGAAAGAAUAAUGACAUUUCUCAUAUGAGCUUUGUUGUAUUAUUCACCUCAGAUGAAUUUAUUCGAACCUGGAGGUGAUUCCUCUUGAAAUGCUUGAGAAAGAGAAAUUAAAUUCGGAUAGUUUCAGUUUCUGAUAAUAAAUAAACCAAUAAUUUUCUAAUUCUAAGAACAAUUAAAAUCGAAUUUAGAACUGUGUGAAAUCUACAUAAAUAAUCCUAAUUUCUGAUCUCAUCAAUAAUUAUCCUGAUUCUCAAAAAUAAGUUCCUAUGAAUAAUUGAACUCCUAUGAAUAAUGACUUAUUUUAUCACGAAAUAGUCUGUCUGGCACAAUGUAUUUAAUAACUUGUGAGGAAGUAAAUCAAUUAUUUAAAAUAGAAAAAAUGUUACCUCCUAUGAAAUCAAACUAGCGAAAAUCAUCUAGGCUAGUUUAUGUCACUUGAAGCUCUUUAGAAAACAAUUACAAAUCAUUUAUUAUGUAAUCACUUCAGUGUCUAAAUUUGAAGGUGUUUUUGCUUCAAAUUUUUAAAGUAAAAUAUGCUUAGAAUUUGUGAGCUGUAAAUAAAGUUUUGCCUAAUUGGUCGUUAGCUAUAAUAAGAUUCAAAUUUACAGAAUAUUUGUUCAUUUCAAGAGAGUAGAGAUCAUUAUAGUUUCUUUAUAACUGCAGAAAAUGCUUUCUUCAAUAAUUAAACACAAUGUUUUUUGCGAUAUUAAUGUAAUAGAUGUCACAAUCAAUUUAAUUCACCAGGGUAAGAGAUCAACUAUUCAAUUAUGACUGCAGAAUCAUAGACUCAAUCAAUCAAUUUUUUAAAAUGAAACUGAUAGUAAGAAUAUAAAUGCGAAUAUUUAUGCGAUAGUUUCAGUUUACUUUAGCAGACAUAUGUAGAGGACAAUCUGUUGAAUCGAAUUUGAUAAUAUUAUCACAUUCGAAAACAUUCUCAUGACAUUAUUUCAUAAUUUUGAUGAUUGCCUCUUGAAAUGAACACAAUAAUCCUAGCUGCUAGAAAGAUUUAAAUUUUUAGAGUGCAGGGCAAUCAUUCCUUAAGGCCUUGGUUAGAAUAAUGAAUAAUGUUUUCAAUUUCAAAUUACAUUUUUAUAAAUAUAAUGACUGAUCACAUAGUAUUAAAUGCUCAAAACCUCGAAUUAAUUAUUUGUGAUGUUCCGAAGAUUGUUAAUUUUGUUUGGAUAACUUAGAUUUUUAGUAUUAUAGCUCAAAUGUUUAGAUUGUUGAUUAUUUACUGAAAGUUACUGUAUAGAUGUUAUGUGAAAAAGUACACGCGCUAUCACUAGCUACAGUGAUAAUCAUUUAUAUAAGUGAAGAACAGACAUUCCAUUAUUAUAUUAUAUAUUAUUUUUCUACAAUCCUUGAUAGACAGAAUUGCUUGUCUCAUUUCGAAUGCUUCCAUUUAAUGAAAGAUUGAUUAUAUUGCAUUUCUGAAAAAUCAAAUCUAUUAAUCUUUAUGUAAAUUUUAGAAGUGAGGUAUGUUUUGCCAAUCAUUAAAGAGACCUCUCUUAAUAAGAGCUUCUUCAAUUUAAUGCACUGACGAAUCAUAAAAUUUCAAGUUUUAACUCUAGGCCUAUAUUAGUAGAGAAGCAAAUAAUUCAUAAAAGUUGCUCCGUAUCUGUAAGUAGGCUAGGCUAUUAUAAUAUAGGCUUUCAUAAGAGUUAGCAUAGAAAUUCAGAAUCUUUAUGGAGUUAUCUACAUCUCUUAUUAGCAUUCAAAAAUACAGUUGAAUUCAAAGAAUAUAUCACUCACAUUAUGUGCAAAUUCAGCUCGGAAAAAUUAUUAUUGACAUUACUGUGUAACUACAAGUUGAAACUACGAAUCUACCAUUUAUUGAAUUUUUAUGAUUUUUUAAUAUUUCUCAUUAUUCUCUUGUAGUAGAUCUAUGGAGCUCAAUGUUAGACAAAUCUUUAACAUGAAUCUGUUAUCUUUAGCAGUAGUUAACACCUAAAUUCUUGAAUUUAACCUAAUACCUUGGAAAUUGAAACCAAAUCUUCAAAGUAGUUGAAUUCAUAAAGUCAGCUUUUAAAAAACAUUUUGUAGCAACAAAGAUGGAAUAUAAAGUAGGAAAAAGCCAAUUUAUUGUUAAAACAUGCAAAUCACUGAAGGCUGUGAUGUAAAUUGAGGUGAAGCUUUUGCUUAGCGAUUAUUUAUGUGUCCUAAUCCAUGACUGAUUAAUGUAAAAUAAAUUUUUUCCAUUAGUA